AACGCCACGGAAUGCGAUGCCUAUUAUUAAAGAAUAAUCAUGAUAAUUAAUUAAAAUACUCAUUAAAUCCUCCCCGCCGCGGGAUGUACGUUGGGACUGGGAGCUGCAGGGUGGUGGAGGGGGGGGAAACCCGGCUCGCUCCGGCCCGAGCGGGUCCGUCGGAUUCGUCAAGGUCGUUUUUAAUGAGCUCGUUUGCAAACUCAGUCGGGCAGCGGAGGCCGAGGCGGGAGGACGGGUUAGGGGUGCUACAAAAACGGGGGUGCAGUCCCCUGAAACGUCCCCGGGAUGGAGCGCCCUGUCCCCGGGGGGCUGCGGGGGGAGAAGGAAGAGGAGAAGGAGGAGGAGAGGGUGCUGGUGUCAGAGCACAGCUGGAGACCCUGCCCCACCGCCCGGAGAAGGGUCCGAGGGUGCUUGGAGUGGGUGAGGCGGCAGCUGUUCCGCGUCGGGGAGGAUUGGUACUUCCUCUUCAUCCUGGGGGUGCUCAUGGCCACCAUCAGCUUCGCCAUGGACAUCAUCGUCACCAGGAUGUACGCGGCCCACAUGUGGCUGUACCGAGAGAUCGGGGACAUCGGGGUGCUCAAGUUCCUCUCGUGGACCCUGUUCCCCAUGGCACUGGCCGCCUUCUCCACUGGCUUCUCCCAGAGCAUCACCCCGCACUCUGGAGGCUCCGGCAUCCCGGAGCUGAAGACCAUCCUGAUGGGUGUGGUGCUGGAGGACUACCUGGCCAUCCAGAACUUCGGAGCCAAGGUGGUGGGGCUGACCUGCACCCUGACGUGCGGCAGCACCAUUUUCCUUGGCAAAGUGGGUCCCUAUGUCCACCUCUCUGCCAUGGCCGCAGCCUAUCUGGGGAAGAUGAGGACCACGGUCACGAGGGAAUAUGAGAACAAGUUCAAGCAGCAUGAGAUGCUGGUGGCAGCUCAAGCCGUUGGGGUGGCCACAGUCUUCGGGGCGCCCAUCAGCGGGGUGCUUUUCAGCAUCGAGGUGAUGUCCCCCCACUUUGCCGUGCGGGAUUACUGGCGCGGUUUCUUCGCCGCCACCUGCGGUGCCUUCAUGUUUCGGCUCCUGGCCGUGUUCAACAGCGAGCAAGAAACCAUCGCCGCUGUUUUUAAGAGUGACCUCAAGAUUGAUUUUCCCUUUGACCUCCUGGAGACCUUCUUUUUUCUGAUUUUGGGGGCCAUCUGUGGGAUCGUGGCCUGUGCUUAUCUCUUCUGCCAGCGCUGGAUGAUGGUGGCCGUCAAGAGGAACCGGCUGACGGCCAAGCUCUUGGCCACCGACAAACCCGUGUACACGGUGCUGGUGGUGCUGCUCUUCGCCUCCAUCACCUUCCCGCCUGGGCUGGGGCAGUUCAUGGCCUCCAGGCUCACCAUGAAGGAACAUCUCAUCUCCCUCUUUGACAACCGCACGUGGAGCGUGCUGGCUGCCAACACCUCGGGGGUGGCCAAGCCUGGGGGGCUCUGGCAGGAGUGGGACCAUCCCUCUGCCACCAUCUAUGGCACCUUGACCUUCUUCCUGCUCAUGAAGUUCUGGAUGCUGAUCCUGGCCACCACCCUGCCCCUGCCAGCCGGGUACUUCAUGCCCAUCUUCAUCUAUGGAGCAGCCAUCGGGCGCCUGGUGGGGGAGGUGGUGGCCCUGCUCUUCCCACAGGGGCUCCAUUCAGAAGGACUCCCACGGCCCAUUAUUCCCGCUGGCUACGCCCUGGCUGGCGCAGCCGCGUUCUCGGGCUCGGUGACCCACGCGGUGUCCACGGCCCUGCUGGUGUGCGAGGCCACCGGGUACCUGGGCCACGUCCUGCCCACCGUGCUGGCCGUGCUGGUGGCCAACGCCAUCAGCCAGAAGAACCAACCUUCCUUCUACGACGCCGGCAUCAUCGUCAAGAAGCUGCCCUACCUGCCCCCCAUCCGCAGCCGGCACAUCGCCUCCUACCGAGUGGUGGUGGAGGAGUUCAUGGAGCGCCAGGUGGUGGCCUUGGCCAAGGGGGACGGUUUCCAGGAGGUGCUGCUGGCCUUGGACGCCACUGCUGAUGCAGAGUACCCUGUGGUGGAGAGCACAGGGUCCCCCACUCUGGUGGGCACCAUCAGCAGGUCCCAGCUGGUCACCUUCCUCCAGAGCCACAACCACCCUCAGGCCCCCCAAGAGGAGAAGCUGGCCACUGUGGGGACACUCGGGGAUGACUGCGCCAUCGAGCCCAUCAUGCUCCAGUUCUCCCCGUGGACCUCCCUGCACCAGGCCUAUCACCUGUUCCAGCUGCUGAAGCUGCAGCGAGUCUUUGUCACCCGCUCUGGGGAGCUGGUGGGAGCCGUGAGCAGGGCAGAGCUGCGGAGAGCAAUCGAGAACCUCGCCAACCCCAAGUGAUGAUGUUUUGGGACCACAGGGGACCCCUCCCCACGGACGUCCCCCAUGAAAAGAGGGGGAGUCCUGACCCCCCGGCGGUGUGGGGGGUCUGUGCUGGGGGCGUCGGUUCUCCAGCAGAGCGUGUUGUGCAUUAAA